UAUUUAUUUAUUUUUUGCAGUCAAGAGCUUGGCGAAGAUUCCCAGGAAAAGGAGUAUAGAGAUACGGAAGAGAUACGGAAAAGUCAGAAGGAAGUGGAGAAAUGUAAAAGGCACGUGACAAAAUUACAAAGUGAUGGUCUAGAGUUGGUGACCAACAUUCAGGUAGCUGUAGAUGCCAGAGAGUCUGACAGGAGAACAGAGCUAGAGGAGGCAUGUCGACUGAGCAGAGAUAAGCUGGAAAACGAGGCCAAGUCCAGCCAGGAAAAGUUUGAGGAGAUCACCCGCAGAUAGACGGAUGCUAAAAUGAAACAGACUCCACUGGAUUUAAGAGAUGCGCUGAACAGCCAACAACAACUCUGUGAACAGAUUGUAGCAGACAAGAAUAAAAUGAGCAGUGAGCUACAGCAGGAGCUGAAGGCAAGUGAUGAUCGCUAUGUGAAGGACCUGAAAAACCAGGCUAAAGACACAAACCUGAUAAUUGAGAGGAUGGAAGAACAGAUUUCAAGUCUAAAAAAGUCAUACGGAGAAGACCUAAAGCAGAUUGAGAACUCGUUUGACGAGGAAAGGAGAACGCUGCUAACCAAACACAGGAAGAAAUGGGAGCAUCAGAUGAAGGAACGAAGCGAGAAAGAGCUGAAGGACAUGUUGCAGGGUUUAAGCCUCCUGGGGGAACAUGAGGACUUGCUGCAGAAGCUGAAGGUUCAGAAAGCUGAAGAAUACAACACAGACAAAAUCAAAAUGGAUACAGAAGUACAGAAGUUACAAGAGGUGAAGUUCAACUGCCAUCUGAAUGAAGAAAAACUUGAUUACAAAUAUGAGGUGCUAAAGAAAAGAGAGGAAGAGAACGCCCUCUUAAAAUCCCAAUUGAAGAGGAAAAUUAUAAGAAUGCAAGAUAUUCUCAACACCCUAAAGUCUAAAUGCACCAAUCAGGAGAAGCAGUUGAAAGCAGAGGAACAGUCACUGAAAAAUGACUACACACGCAUCAGACAACAGUACAAAGACAUGCAGAAGAAAGCAAGACACUUUGCAGCACUGGAUGCCGAGCGUUUUGAGAAGAUAUGGUUGAUAAGUGAAAGUGAAGUAAAGGCCCUGGCACACAGAACUCUAGAGACAGACAGAAUAAUUCACGAGCAGCAGCUGGGUCUGGCUUGGGUGUCUCUUCCGCUCCACUUCAUAGAGCGCUCCGGUCCGAUUGAACAUAAGACCCUCAAGACGGCCUCACAGGCAGCUGCAAAUACCCUGCAAGAGGAAACAGGAGGAGAUUCAGUGAAGCAACCUGAGGGUCUGGAGGACACUGCUAGUGGAGUGAACAGGAGAACAGUGAAGGGAAUUCUGGAACUAAUGUGUGAUGAAUUGGGUUUUCUCAUAGAGAGUAAACUGCUGAAGCUGGUGUCUCAUCUGGAGAAGAAUGAACAGUCCCUUAUAAAGCUAGAUUGCAUUUUCACAGCAAUAGGGAUCGAGAGUGAGAACGAUGUGCAUAAAAUGGCUGAGUUCUUAAUGAAUUACAGACAGCAUGGCCGAGAGCAGAGGGAACUGAUGGAGGAAGAGGAGACAACCAACAACCAACCUUCUGACUUUAUCCAUCAUAAUGAUCUACUAGUGGCUCUGAAAGAUUUUACCGUCCAACACUGCAGACCCCAUGAUCUUCAGGCCUCACAGAAGAGCAGUGUUUUGGGGUUGGAUAUGAGAGAUGACUCUGAAGAUAUGGCAUACUGGGAAUGCAUAGCUAAUGUCAUUCCAGAGUCCAAACUCAGGCUCUGGAGUGCUCUAGAUACAGCUCUCAACAAGUACCAGUAAGUGUGCAUUUUUGUUGUCAAGAAUUAUAGCAUGCUACAACCAAAUUUAAACCAUGAUUUGGACUUUUGGAUUUGGAGAGAUUCACAUUAACAAGUAUGUUUUAUUCCCAAUACUGUACUGACUGAAUGGCUAAGCUUCUGGCAGAAACACAGAAUAUUCAACAACAGAAUACUGAGCUCAGACAGCUGCUGCAUCUUUAUACAAGCUCCAAGGUGACUGUCUGAGUGUGUUAUGUGAUGUUAAAGUUCAGUUUGGCUGGUCUCAAAUCACAUAACUUGAUUUCUCCUGAUUGGCCCGUGCUGACCCGGAGAUGCAGCCCACAAGGAUGAGGCAGUUCCACAUGUGAUAUACUUUGAAAAAAUAAAACAAUGAAAAAAUCUGUAUUUGCAAUCUAAAUUAUGGAAAAUGCAUUUCAGCACUGCAAUUGAAAAUUUGAAAAUGAAAAAAGAAAGUUGUGAUAUUUGCCAAGUAUGGUAACCCAUACUCGAAGCACUGAAUUUAACCCAUCCAAGUGCACACACACAGCAUUGAGAAGUAAACACACUGUGAACUCACACACCCGGAGCAGUGGGCAGCUAUAUCCAGCGCCCGGGGAGCAACUGGGGGUUCAGAGCCUUGCUCAAGGGCACUUCAGCCAUGGGUAUUGAGGGUAGAAGAGAGCACUGUUCAUUCACUCCCCA